UGUUGAUUGGCAGCUAAUCUUAUCAAACGCCGAUUUGAAUGCCGCAUUAAACAAAUGGAUUCCCUAAAUAACGGAUGGUUCAGCGAGCUGCAGGCCGAGCUCUGGCCGGGACAGUCCUUCUCCCUGAAAGUCAAGGAGGUGAUCCACAAGGAGAAGUCCAAGUUCCAGGACAUUCAGAUUGUUGAGACCGAAACCUACGGAAGAUGCCUGAUUCUGGACGGAAUCAUCCAGUGCACGGCCAGGGACGAGUUCUCGUACCAGGAGAUGAUAUCCUUCCUGCCGCUCUGCGCCCAUCCCAGUCCCAAGAAGGUCCUCAUCGUGGGCGGUGGCGAUGGCGGCGUGGCUCGCGAGGUGGUGAAGCAUCCGUUGGUCGAGGAAGUGCAUCAGGUGGAGAUCGACGACCGUGUUGUGGAUCUGUCCAAGAAAUAUCUACCCGCGAUGGCCUGUGGCUUCGAGAAUGAGAAAUUGAAGCUAACCAUCGGCGACGGCUUUGACUACAUGAAGAAGCACAAGAACGAAUUUGAUGUCAUCAUCACCGACAGCUCGGAUCCAAUUGGUCCGGCAGUGAGCCUAUUCCAGGAGAGCUACUACGAGCUGAUGAAGCACGCCCUGAAGGACGACGGAAUCGUGUGCUCCCAAGGCGGCAGUUUCUGGCUGGACCUGGACUACAUCAAGAAGACGAUGACGGGCUGCAAGGAGCAUUUCGCCAAAGUGGCCUAUGCCGUCACCUCCGUUCCAUCCUAUCCCUGCGGCCACAUUGGCUUCGUCAUGGGAUCUCUGAACAAAAACCAGGACUUUGUUACUCCUAAACUUGGCAAGUCCGAGAUCGAUGCCAUUGACCUGAGGUACUACUCUUCUGAGGUUCACACUGCUGCCUUUGCCCUGCCACGCUGGGUGCAAAAACACUUUUACGAUUGACCAAUCUUCAAAGGAUUUGUUUGUAUCUGUUUGUUAAAAAUAAAGAUGACAAUAAUACAAA